AUGGCAGCAGUACAAUUGAACUUCACACUCAGGACAUCGUCCAACUGCAAGACAGUACAUCUUAUCGGUUCAUGGGAUGGCUACAAGAGUCAACUUCCACUUUCUAAGGACUCGGCCAAACAAGGUGGCUGGAAAGGCACAUUCAGAUUCCAAGGCUCGACACUGAAGCCUGGCUCAAGAUACUGGUACUACUACAUCAUCGAUGGCUACCACGUCUCCCACGACCCAGCCCGUGAAUCCACCACCGAGCCCACCACAGGCCGCAAACUCAAUAUUCUGGAUAUCCCCUCCAGCAGAGCCACACCAGCAGCUCCAGCACCAUCGUCCAAGUCCCACAGCUCAAGCCACAGUAGCCACAAGCACACCCGCCGCACAAGCGAACACAUCCCCAAAGGCCGCUCUUUGUCGCCAUCCCAAAUCAAGUGCCCUCGCCCCAAUCGCCCCCACGAGACCCGCACAAUCGCCCGCGAACAAUACAACGCCUCCUCCGUCGACCGCCUCGCCGCCCACAUGUCUCGCGCCAACAUCUCUGACUCUGACUCCGACUCCGAUUCAGAUUCCGACAGCGAUGUUCCUUCCCUCACAUCAUCACGCAGCUCUGCUUCCUCAUCACCUUCUUCUGCUACGUCUAGAUCUUCAUCGGCCAGUUGCUGUACUUGCAACCGCUUCGGCAUCACCAGAUCUGGAAACAGGGUCAAGCUUGACUGUGGAGGUGACGUUUGCGGAUAUGAGGAUGGUAGUUGUUCGGAUGAGAGCGAGGACGAGAGGGAGAAGAUGAGGGCUAGAACGACCAGACGCCAGGGUAUGGUUGUGCGUCGUUGA